GUGAGUCUUUUUGGAGUGGGCUGCAAUCUGCAGGUCGUGGUCUGUGUAGCACAGCUCUGCCUUGAAUGAGUGAGGGACUGAUAGGGAGAGAGGUUUUCUUACUAUGUGUGCAGAGUCUAUGGCUCGCUUUCUUUGCAACAUCGUUCCUGUUGUGAGACUGGGAUCUUAAAACAAGCAAACAAAAAAGAAUAAAAACAGACACAAAUGAUGAGGAAAUGUAAUCUUGGAUAAACCGAAAGCGCUUGUUGUGGACUGUGCUUCAGAGCGUGAUAAGAUAAAAGUAGACCAUCCUGCUAUUUUGGAACUAUAAAGACGAUUCGUAUCAUGUUCAUGUUGUGAAAUAAACAUUUUACUAUUGAAUGUACAGAAUGCCGGGGUAGACUUUUAUGCCGACUCUCAAAUGUGUCGCUACCGGAGCUGAGUUACUCCGGUAACCUAUUCACUUUUUUUGUUGUUUAUUUGCCUGUUGCCUUCAAGCUAAUAGCUACUGAGGGUAGUAUGGCUUUGGACGACAGACGUGAAGAAAGCUUAUCUUUCACGCCAAUGGUAAUGGAAGACACGAUGAGGAACGGCAGAGGCCUUUCAGAUCAGUGGGCGGACACCGUAGUGGUAAGACCCCGGACCACGGAGCGGAACAUCACCGUGCACAAACGACUUGUCCUGGCUUUCGCCAUCUCCAUUCUGACCCUCAUCAUCGUGACCGUCAUCGCUGUGCUGCUCAGUGUCAGAUUCGAGGAGUGCAGCGGCGACAGCACCGCCAGCGCAUCUCAUGCGAACCUCACAAAGUUCAACCAGUCACGGGAUGCUCGGUUCAGCCACAGGAGCGAAGACUCCUUGCAUCCCUGGCGGCAGUUGAGGUUACCCGCUUCACUGAGACCUCUCCAGUAUGACCUGCACAUUACUGUGUUUAUGGACAACUUUACUUUCUCUGGAGAAGUCAGCAUUGAACUGCAGUGCCUCAACUCCACAAAGUACAUCGUUCUGCAUGCGGACAGGCUGCUGGUGCAGAAAGCAGUGGUGCACUCAGAGAGCAAGAAGACGAAAGCGCUCAAGAUUCACCGGCACUUCAGAUAUCCAGCGAAUCAAGUUUUUGUUAUCGCUAUGCACAAAGAACUAGAGUCCCAGAAAAAUUACAAAGUGAACAUAACUUUUCACGCGCACAUAGAGGAUGAACUUCUUGGUUUUUUCCGCAGUUCCUAUGUAUUCUACGGAGAAAAAAGGUAUCUUGCAGUAACCCAGUUUUCUCCCACCCAUGCAAGAAAGGCCUUUCCCUGUCUUGACGAACCUAUCUAUAAAGCAUCAUUUAAAAUCAGCAUUAGACAUGAAAGCACGUAUUUGUCUCUGUCCAACAUGCCGAUCGAGGCCUCGAUUUCUGAAGAUGAUGGAUGGGUCACUGACUAUUUUUUUAGGACUCCUCGAAUGUCCACUUACUAUCUUGCCUGGGCAGUGUGCAAUUUCACAUUCAAGGAAACUGUUACAGAUAGCGGUAUCACAAUACGGCUCUAUGCCAGGCCUGACGCAAUCCAAAGGGGAUCGGGAGACUAUGCGCUGCAUAUCACAAAGAGACUUCUAGGGUUUUAUGAAGACUAUUUCAAAGUGAAGUAUUCCCUACCCAAACUAGAUCUUUUAGCUGUGCCUAAACACCCUUAUGCAGCGAUGGAGAACUGGGGACUGAGCGUGUUUGUCGAGCAGAAGAUAUUACUGGAUCCAGGAGUCUCAUCAAUUUCGUACUUGAUGGAUGUCACUAUGGUUAUUGUUCAUGAAAUAUGCCACCAGUGGUUUGGGGACCUGGUGACACCGGUGUGGUGGGAGGAUGUUUGGUUAAAAGAGGGGUUUGCCCAUUUCUUUGAAUUCUUGGGUGCAGACUUCCUCUUCCCAGACUGGCACAUGGAGAAGCAGAGGUUCCUGACGGAUGUUCUACACGAGGUGAUGCUGCUUGACGGCCUGGCCAGCUCCCACCCCAUAUCCCAGGAGGUGCUGAAGGCAACAGACAUAGACAGAGUGUUUGACUGGAUUGCCUAUAAAAAGGGUGCUGCGUUAAUCCGAAUGCUUGCAAAUGUUAUGGGACAGCCAGUAUUCCAGGUGGGAUUAAACGAUUACCUGAUAACUCAUAUGUAUGGCAAUGCAGGAAGAGAUGACCUGUGGAACAAGUUCUCUGAGGCGAUGCAGAAGGAAGGAAGGGAUAUAAAUAUAAAGGAAGUGAUGGAUCUCUGGACACUGCAGAUGGGCUAUCCGGUGGUCACCAUCAUGAAGAACGACAGCGUGGACAACAGCGUAACGAUCAGCCAGGAACACUUCAUCUCUGACAUCAAGGAUUCUGCACCCUCAAACAGCAGCUUCCAGUGGCAAAUUCCAUUAACGAUUUCAGUAGGAAAUUCAAGUCACAUUUCCCCUGAAUCAAUCGUAUGGGUUUCUAAUAGAACAGAAUCCCACAAAAUCGGCUCAGUGGAUGAUGGGAGUUGGUUGCUUGGAAACAUAAACCAAACGGGAUACUUCAGGGUAAACUAUGAUCUCAGAAACUGGAGACUUUUAAUAGAACAGUUGAUGAGGAACCCUGAGGUGAUUUCUGUCGGCAACCGCGCAGGCCUGAUCGACGAUGUGUUCAACCUUGCCAGGGCUGGAUACUUGCCCCAGAACAUUCCUCUUGAGAUAGUCCGCUACCUUUCUCAAGAGAAGGAGUUUCUGCCCUGGCACGCAGCCAGCCGUGUGCUCUAUCAUCUUGACAAACUGCUGGACCGCACAGAAGAAUACAGCAUCUUUAGUGAAUACAUAUUGAAACAAGUCGCCUCAAUGUAUCACAGGCUUGGCUGGCCAACAAGUGCUGGGAAUGGCUCUAUUGAUCAAGUCACUUAUCAGACUGAGGAGCUACGGCGAGAAGUUAUUAUGUUAGCCUGCAGCUUCGGGAACAAACACUGUCACCAGCAGGCAAUAACUCUUAUUUCUGAAUGGAUAUCAAGCAACAAAAACAGAAUCCCACCAAAUGUCAGGGACAUUGUUUACUGCACCGGAGUGUCUCUAAUGGACGAGGAUGUCUGGGAGUUCAUAUGGAUGAAAUUCCACUCGUCGACUGCUAUCUCUGAGAAGAAGGUGCUGCUGGAAGCACUGACUUGCAGUGAUAACACAUUCUUAUUGAACAGACUGCUGAACCUCUCUUUGAGCUCUGAUCUGGUUCCUGAUCAGGAUGUCAUUGACGUCAUUAUUCACGUGGGCCGCAACCCGCAUGGCAGACAUUUAGCCUGGAAGAACUUCAGAGAAAAGUGGGACAUUUUAAAUACCAGAUAUGGAGAAGCAUUGUUUAUAAAUUCCAAACUCAUUAAUGGUGUUACAGAGUUUCUAAACACAGAGGCUGAGCUUAAUGAGCUAAAGGACUUCAUACAGACCAACAGAGGGGGGGCUGCGGCUGCCUUUGCACGGGCUGUGGAAAUUGUGGAAGCUAAUGUGAGAUGGCACAGCCUCUUUGAAGAAGAGUUUUUCCAGUGGCUUAGGAAAUCCCCAACCAGUUAAUCUGUGACAGUUAUUCAUAUUUAUAGCAUGGCAUCUCUUUGAAACAUUUUUACUCUUAAAAAAAAAAAAAAAAUGAUAAUAAUAAUAAUUUAAGACAGAGAAGAACUUGAUCUGAAUUGCAAAUUGUGCUCUGAUAAUUUUCCUGCAACAUGAAAAGAAACCUUUCUGUUAAAAAAAGAAAAGAGGGUCGUGUAUUUUCCCUGUCAACAUCAGUCUUGCAUUUGCAGGGCAAAAGAAUGUUAUUAAAAAAAAGAUAUUGCAUGAUGUUAUUUCUCUUCAGUUGAGGCAUUUUUAAUUUCAGAGUAUUUUUUGUGCAUGGUUGUACAAUCCCUCACCGAUAUUCCAGCAUGCUGAUUUGCAGUUCAAGAUUUCCCAGUCCUGUGUAGCUAAAUUACUCUCAUGUACGACACACACACAAAAAAAGGGGGCAUUAUUAUACAAUUGUUUAAAGCACAACGACUAAUGACAAUCAGGGCUUUCAUUUGGAAAAAUUGAAAAUCAGAAGGCGGCUUCAAAUUAAAGAGACAGUGUACUAAUAUAAAGUUAUUGUACAGGUAUAUGUUAUUAUGCAAACCAAACAUAGUAAUUGAAUACAGGUUCCUGUAGCUGCAGCACCAGAGCUAUCAGCUGCAGAAACUUGUGUGUGUGUGUGUGUGUGUGUGUGUGUGUGUAUAUAUAUAUAUAUAUAUAUAUAUAUAUAUAUAUAUAUAUAUAUAUAUAUAUAUAUAUAUAUAUACUCUGAGCACUGAGCCCCUUUCGGACUGUCAUUUGCCUAAUUUAGCCCGCUACAAAUCCCUUUGAAUUAGUGUGUUGAACUCACAGGCUUAUCCACUUGAUCCAAGACCCUUGGAAAAAAAAUACAUAAAUAAGAUGUUUAAUUUUGCUCAAGUAACAGCCUAACACAGGUUAGUGAUGACCUGAGUUUCAUGCAUAAUACAGUAGACCUGAAGAACAAGUAUGGUCCCAUUUUCAAUGAAGUGUUGACAGAGCUACUUUUCUAAAUGAGAGACUAUGUCUUCUGAAUUUUAAACGGAGCACCUAUGGAAUUCUAACUCUGAUAAUAUUUUUUUUUUGUACAGUAAUGCAUCACUGUCUGGAUUUGUGACAUGUUCAGAUGUGGGCUUGUAGAGCCAACUCCGGCUCUGUGAUUAUAUUUCCAUUUUGACUUGAUAAGCUAGCUUUUUUUUAUUAACAUUUAAGUGGAUUCACAUCUAGCGGCAGAGAAAAGGGAAAGAAAGAAGACAAGAAAUGGUCUUGUUUUUUCUCUGACCUGCGUAAUUUUUCAGAUCCACCCACAGUGCUGGCUGGAUGUACAAACAUCAAGGUGUUCAAAUGCAGCAAUGGUCAUUUUUUGUCAGCAAAAUUAAAUAUUUUCUAUUAAGAUAAAUGUAUAAAUA